CCGGUGACCACCGUUCCCCACUCGGGUUCAGGGUUUUAGAGCAGUUGGGGUUAAUUUCCGCUCGCUUUGUGGCAGCUCAGCACAACACAGGCCUCGACUUCCCCCCUAGUACCGACAGGCCCGUAGCCAUGUCCAACAACAACGCCAGCAACAACUUAAUCAUCGCGCAGAGGGCCGUGAAGCAGCUCCGGUUGGAAGCCAGUAUCCGGAGAAUCAAGGUGUCCCAGGCUGCUGCUGAGCUGCGAAACUUCUGUCUGCAAAAUGCCUCCAAGGACCCUCUCCUGGUCGGGGUCCCAUCCAGUGAUAAUCCCUUCAGACCCCCCAAGUCCUGCUCCCUGUUUUGAG